GGGCAGUUCGGAAGUGAUAAAUAAUCUCAGGCCAAGUGAUCAAUUCCAUGGAGAAAAUACAGAAGAAAUUGGCAACACUACAGAUCGGCAAUCAGUCAAAUCUCUUCAUUGAAUAUUGAAUAAUGCAAUGAUCAUAUCAAAUUAGGCCCUUCAUAAUCUACUAUUGUUCGGAAGAUAGCAAGAGCCUUUGAAAAAAAAAUCAGAAGGCUAAAAUUUUGAAUAGGCCUGGCAAGGGGUAUAGCAGCCUAACGAUCGAUUGAGUUCCUCAUCAACGAUCAUAUACUUUAAGGAUGAAAAGCCUACAGCAGCGACAUCACAUCAGUCUCCAAUUACCAACUUCUGACGGCAACAGCCCCGUCAUCUUCUCAGGCGGUAACAUGGUGACUUAUGAUAGAAUUGGCUCCUUCACUGUCCUCUUCCUUGAAGAGUCUGCGGAAUCGAAUCCUUCAUUGCUUUUUUUUUUGGAGCGGCCUGCGAUGGAUGGAGUCCUUCAUUGUUUUUUCUUCUUUGGGCAGCCUGCUAUGGAUGGAGUCCUUCAUUGUUUUUCUGCUUUGGGCAGCCUGCUAUGGAUGAAGUCCUUCAUUGUUUGGGCAGCCUGCUAUGGAUGGAGUCCUUCAUUGUUUUUCUUCUUUGGGCAGCUUUCUAUGGAUGGAAUCCUUCGUUGUUUGGGCAGCCUGCUAUGGAUGGGAUCCUUCAUUGUUUUCUUCUUUGGGCAGCCCCUAUGGUUUGACUCCUUCGAUGCCCUCUUCUUUGAACGACCUACGUCGGAACCUGCUUCUUGGACAUCGACGAAUUCCCCUCUGCUUUAAUCUUCUUGGAUAGACUUUGUACUGUUGCAUCAACAAAACUCGGCCAGAAAACUACCGACCUCCGCCAACGAAGCAAUAUCUUCUCUCUCCAGCGAACGACAUCAACAACAAAAUCAGCUUCGGUCUCCUGCGGCGAUGGAAAAGAGCACUCCGGUUUUCCUCUCUCCGGUAAAUUAGAACGGCGACCCUCAGCCUCGGCCAGACCUUCUUCUCUAGCAACAACCUGCGGUGAAGCCUGGGUCCGCCGAGAAGAUUGCCGCUGACCUGCAAUUUGAUAAAGAAAAGAAAGGGGUUCAAAAGAAAAACAUGAAAGUGAUUAUACCUUCCAAGAGGCUGAUCUAUCUCUUUCGUAGGCUUCUAAAUCUCUGUACUCGGGAAUUGCAGAUGCAGAGAAUGAGUUCUCGAUUGGUAUUUAUAGAUGUUAUUCAAGGAGUUUGGAUCUGGCUAAUACGAUAGAAUAGAAGUCCUGGUAGAACUUGAAAGCCCAGACUACGUCAAAUCCUCUUUGGGUUGAAGGAGGACUCAAUGUUGAUUCAUGUUUGGAACUGUACGUGGAAGUAAUUUUGCAGAUUAUACUCCUAGUGUUUUGAUUAUUUGGGCCUGCCUCAU